UAGUGUUCGGUCGCCCGUUGUGAAAUACGCGCGCGUGUAACCGCGAUAAUUCUUCCGUAAAAUAGUGAAUUAUUGAAGGAAUUCAAGCGAUGCAAUAAGUUGAUUUUUUAUAAGCUAUUGCAGUGGUAUAAUAAUUUUUUGGAUAAAAUGGCGGGUGCAUUAGCAAAAUUGCAAGGGUUAGGGCAAAAAAUGAGGGGUAAAGAACACAACGAGUGCAGGACACUUAACGUAAACAUACCCCCUGCUACAAACGUUGACAUUGAAUUUCGAAACAUCUCCAUGAAUGUGUCUAUGGGAAUCACUGGAAACAAAAAAAAAACAAUCCUGAACAAUGUCUCGGGACUGUUCAAAUCCGGCCACCUCACUGCCAUAAUGGGGCCAUCAGGUGCAGGAAAAUCAUCGCUUCUGAACGCACUCACUGGAUUCUGUUUAAACGGUGUAGAAGGCACAGUCAGAGCUGGUGAAGUAGUAUGUAAAAUAAGAAAGGAUACAUCGAGUAACGCGCUACGAGCUUAUAGAAAGAAAUCCUGCUACAUACUUCAAGAUGACCGCCUGGAUCCGCUUUUUACAGUCAAAGAACUUAUGACUUUCGCUGCGGAUUGCAAACUGGGGAACAUGAUCACUCCAAAGCUAAAAAGAACUAUAAUAUCAGAUAUAUUGGAAACACUCGGGUUAAAAGGCCACGAGAACACAAGGGCUGGCAAUCUCUCUGGCGGUCAGAGAAAGAGGUUGUCUAUCGCAGUGGAGCUAAUUGACAACCCUCCAGUCGUAUAUCUGGAUGAACCAACAACUGGUCUCGAUAGUCUUACAACAAAUCAGUGUAUUAGCAUGCUGAAAGAUCUCGCAAAAGGCGGACGCACAAUUGUUUGCACCAUACAUCAACCUACUGCACUUAUUUACAAAAUGUUUGAUCAGGUGUACAUACUUGCUGAAGGAAUGUGCAUUUACGAUGGGUCUAGUGAAAGCACUGUGUCAUACUUAUCAUCUAUGGGUUUUAACUGUCCUGUAUACCACAACCCUGCUGAUUACAUUUUAGAAAUCGCAAACGGAGAAUAUGGAAAGUUCAAUGAACUGAUGGCAGCGCGGUGUAUCCGGGAUCAAAAGAUUGAGAAGGUCCCUCCGCAUUCAGAGCAAGAAACUCCCUCACAUCUAUCUUACGGCAAGAUGUCAAUCAUGGUCAAUCAACCUCAUGAGGCAUACAGGUUUGGAGUACUUUUCAAACGGAGUCUGAGACAACAGUAUAGAGAUUGGACUGUGACGCAUCUAAAAGUGAUAUUACAUCUAUGCCUCGGUAUCAUUCUUGGAUUGGUAUUUGAUAAUGCAGGCAACGAUGGAUCAAAAACAUUUAGUAAUCUUGGCUUCCUCCUCAUAUCAACUACCUAUCUCUGCUACACGUCUGUUAUGCCAGCUGUACUCAGAUUUCCCGACGCUUUACCUGUAUUAAAAAAGGAAAAUUUUAAUAAUUGGUACGGUCUGAAGACGUAUUAUGCAGCUACUUUGGUUACCACGAUUCCAAUACAAAUAUGGUACAGUUUUGUGUACUCCCUGCCAGCAUAUACGAUUACUGGACAACCGCUCGAGCUUUCUCGAUUUGUCAUGUUUGUGCUCAUCCUUGCCAACGUUACUCUUUUGGCUGAUGCGAUAGGCAAUGUCAUCGGAUCCUGUCUGAACCCUAUUAAUGGAACAUUUUGUGGCGCAAUUAUAACGUGUAUUAUGCUCGGUUUUGCUGGUUUCCUGGUUCUGCUGCCUCAUAUGCACCCCAUCAUGCAGUUUAUAUCAUAUGGAUCUUUUCUAAGACACGCCUUCGAGGGUUUGGUCUUAUCUAUCUACUCAUAUGGAAGAACACCUAUUUACUGCCCAGACAGUGUAGGUUACUGUCAUAUGAGGUAUCCCAAAGAAUUAAUGAAGGAGCUUUGUAUGAAACCAGACAACUACUGGACGGACGUUGCCAUACUCCUAUCAGAGAUUGUUAUUUUGAGGAUAGUUGGUUACUUGACACUGAGACGUAUGAUCAAAAAAGCUAAUUAGGGUUUGGUAGAUGCAAUAAUAAUUUGUGUAUGUAAAAUUGCUAUAUUGCCAUAAGAUGCACCAUGUCAUGAUGUGACAACUACUAGUAUAUUAUAUUCCAAAAAAUUUAAAUUAAUAUUAUGGUAACUGAUUAGUUAAUUAUAUUCUUGGAAUUUACUUAACUAAUGUUAUUAAAGCCAGGUGCUAGAAGUAUUUCUCAUAUAACUUUGCUCAAGUAAGAUUGAUAGAACUUAGUUGUAUUCUAUUAAAAGUUCAUCGUUUAAUAGAGAGGAAUGUCAAGUCUUUUAUAGACAAUAAAAUGUGUUUUAAAUUAAUCUGGAGGUCCGAUUAUUUAUAAAUAAGUAAAUAUUUUGUAUAGAAUAAAGUGUGUACAUAAUUAGUGAAUAUAUUAAUAGUAAUCUUGUGGCAUAAUGAUUGUAUACUAGGGAUUUUAGGGCUUGUAAUUUUUAAUCAAAAUAGAGUAUUACAUAGUAAUAGUGGGUACCAUAUUUAAAUACUGGACCAACUAAUCUAGUUGUUGGGUGAAAAUUAACUAAUGGAUUUUGAAAUAUAAAAGAAAUUAAGAAUGGUUUCUUAUGGUAAAUAAACAUUGCAAUACAGUAUAUGCAACAUUGUUGCAGUCUGAUUGCAUACAUGACAUGUUUCCAUGUAUGUGAGUGUUUAUAAAUAUUAUUAUUAGAUAAGUAUGGAUUUACUUAAGUUUACACUGCACUUUGUUAAAAACUGUGAUUAUUAUGGCACUUACUUAAAUAUGUUAUUAAUUACAUUUUUUUACUAAAGGUUUUGUGUAUAUUUACUAUAGGUAUAUUUUAGUGAAACAAGUGUUUCAAUAAUUCGGUAGAUUCUAAGAUAAUACUAUUUAAUUUACCUCAAUAGUAGAAACACAUUGAUAUAAUACACUAUCGCGAAUUUAGAAAAGUAUAAAGCCUCGUAUUUAUGAUGCAUGAUAGACCAAAAAAGAGUCGUUAUAUCAUAUCUGAUGAUAUAUAAUAUAUAUUUGCUACAACUUAGUUUAAAAAUAUACCAAUUGGAUAUGAAGUUCUAUCUGUUAA